CUUUUUCAGAGUGAGUGCAAAAUAUUAAUAAGAAAUACAGUAAUUAUAAAUAAAGAAAAAUCUAUGUGGGACGAUGGAGUGCUAAAUCCAUGGAAGCACACAUCUAGGAAGUAACGUGAGUAGGGCGGAGGGAUGACGGAGGAGGGAUCGGAGAGGGAGAACGGAGGUUUAGCGUCGAUGGAUUCGACGGAGUCGCGCUGGGUUUACCAGGACGAGGAAGGCUCGGAAAUCGAUAACGAUGUCGGCGAUGGCGCCGAGGAGUUGCUGCAUAGGGAUUCGGACGACGAGGAUAAUGCGGAGCAGAGGUUGAUUCGCACGGGUCCUCGCCUUGAUUCCUUUGAUGUUGAAGCUCUAGAAGUUCCUGGUGCUCAGAGAUACGAAUUUGAGGAUGUCACUCUGGGCAGGGGAAUCAUUCUGACCUUUCAGACACUUGGAGUUGUUUUUGGUGAUGUGGGAAUUAGUCCAAUAUAUACCUUCAGUGUAAUGUUCAGCAAGGCACCAGCAAGCAGGGAUGAAGAUGUUAUUGGUGCAUUGUCUCUAGUUUUGUACACUUUGAUACUGAUUUCAUUGAUCAAGUAUGUCUUUAUUGUUCUCUGGGCAAACGAUGAUGGUGAAGGUGGGACAUUUGCUCUGUACUCUUUGAUUUGUAGGCAUGCUAAAGUGAGUCUUCUGCCCAACCAGCUGCCUUCAGAUGCUCGCAUAUCAAGCUUUAGACUGAAGGUGCCGUCUGCUGAACUAGAGAGGUCCUUGAAAAUAAAGGAAAGACUUGAAGGUUCUGCGACGCUAAAGAAGCUACUUUUGAUGUUGGUUCUUGCUGGCACAUCCAUGGUGAUUGCUGAUGGUGUUGUUACACCUGCUAUGUCAGUUAUAUCUGCUGUUGAUGGCUUAAAAGUUGGAGUUUCUUGGAUUGAGCAAGACCAUGUGGUGAUGAUCUCGGUUGCUUUUAUUAUAGUUCUGUUCAGUGUACAGAGAUAUGGCACAAGUAAAGUAGGGCUUAUUGUUGGCCCUGCCUUGUUUAUAUGGUUUUGUUCUCUUGGGGGCAUUGGCAUAUACAAUCUUCUCAAAUAUGAUACCAGUGUUUUGCGGGCAUUUAAUCCGAUUCACAUCUAUUACUUUUUUGAGCACAAUUCAACUAAGGCUUGGUAUUCCCUUGGGGGCUGUCUUCUUUGUGCAACAGGUUCCGAGGCAAUGUUUGCUGAUCUUUGCUAUUUCUCUGUAAGAUCAGUACAGCUUACAUUUGUAUUCCUUGUAUUGCCUUGCCUCCUGUUGGGCUACUUGGGUCAAGCUGCUUAUCUCAUGGAGAACCAUGCAGAUACAACACAGGCUUUCUUCUCUUCUAUUCCAAGUGGGGCUUUCUGGCCUGUUCUCUUCAUAGCAAACGUUGCUGCCCUGAUUGCCAGUCGGGCAAUGACUACUGCAACUUUCUCUUGUAUUAAACAGUCAAUAGCACUUGGUUGCUUUCCUCGGCUUAAAAUCAUUCAUACCUCAAGGAAAUUCAUGGGUCAAAUCUAUAUCCCAGUCAUGAACUGGUUUCUGCUAGCUCUGACCCUGAUUUUAGUUUGCAGCAUCUCAAGUAUUUAUGAGAUUGGAAAUGCAUAUGGCAUCGCUGAGCUGGGAGUCAUGAUGAUGACAACUAUCUUAGUAACACUAGUCAUGCUUCUUAUAUGGCAGAUAAACAUUUUAAUCGUGCUGUGCUUCGCCACUAUCUUCUUGGGCAUGGAGUUAACUUUCUUCUCUUCAGUUUUGUGGGGUGUAGGAGAUGGAAGUUGGAUCAUACUUGUCUUUGCAAUAGUGAUAUUUUUAAUAAUGUACAUCUGGAACUAUGGGAGCAAACUAAAAUACGAGACUGAGGUCAGGCGAAAGAUGUCCAUGGAUGUUCUGCGAGAGCUUGGUCCUGACCUCGGAACUGUUAGGGCUCCUGGCAUUGGCUUGCUUUACAAUGAGCUGGCAAAAGGUGUACCAGCUAUAUUUGGGCAUUUCUUAACCACUCUACCCGGUGUGCAUUCGAUGAUUAUAUUUGUGUGUAUUAAGUAUGUUCCCGUAUCUGUGGUGCCCCAAAGUGAAAGAUUUCUGUUUAGGCGUGUCUGUGCCAAGAACUACCACAUGUUUCGCUGUGUCGCAAGAUACGGCUACAAGGAUGUACGCAAAGAGAACCAUCAAACCUUUGAGCAGUUGCUGAUAGAGAGUCUUGAGAAGUUCAUCCGCCGGGAAGCUCAGGAAAGGUCCCUAGAGAGUGAUAUUGAUGACAUCACUGAUUAUGAAGAAGAGGAGGAAGAAGAAGAAGAUAGUUCUACAUUAAGAAAUCUGGUUCCAUCUAAUGGCAAUGUACACUCACUCAGAAUCCCUCUCCUGUCCGAGAUCAAGGACUCGAGCAAGUUCCUGUCGGAACAAAGCACAUUGGGCGGGAGAAAUCUAGGGGUAUCCGCCGAGGAAAUUAAUAUAGACUCGGAAGAGAGCCUCGAGAAGGAGUUGGCAUUCCUGCGCAAGGCUAAGGAAUCCGGUGUCAUAUACCUCCUUGGCCAUGGAGAUAUUAGAGCAAGGAAGGAUUCUUGGUUCAUCAAGAAGCUCGUAAUAAAUUACUUCUAUGCAUUCCUACGAAAAAACUGCAGGAGGGGGACUGCAAAUUUGAGCGUCCCGCACCCACGGUUGAUACAGGUAGGCAUGACAUACAUGGUGUGAAGAUGUGAACUGAUCUCUAAGAUUCCUGGUGGAAGUAAUCGCUGACUGUUACAGGUACAUGUACCCUAUAAGGUAUAGCCUCAACUGAUUUAGAGCUCCGGGGAAUGAUAUAUUUGGGAACAUUUUGUAGCUUUUAUGGUUGGAGGGAAUUAUUGUAGUAUAAUGAUAUGCUGAUUCUAUA